AUGUCGGGCUACCCAGAUACCCAGGCGCAUGACGAUGUGCGAGCCAUGAUUGCCUCAGUCAAAACCCUCACUGUAGAAAAACUGAAAAACAUCCUUCGAGGCGAGGGUCUCCCUCUGUCUGGAGUCAAGAGUGAAUUGCAAAUCAGGACAAUAGCCCAUAUCGAAAAACUGCGCAAUGGCGGCGACGUUACGGGCCUGAAUCGGAUACGAGGGUGCGUCAGAAGCGGCUCUUAUCCCUACAGCAACAACAGCAACGGUUCUUACCCUUCACCUUAUUCCCGCCACACGCCUACCUCCUCGGCGUCUCCCUCGUUCUCUUCUCCUACCGCUCACAGCUCCUUCAACAUGUCCUCGAAUUCACAUUUCGGCUCCGGUAUGGAUCAUGCAUCUGGUGACAGGAGAGCCUCCUCUGACGAGAAAGCAGGCCGAAUAUCGUUCAAGCCCUCGCCUUUUUACACGAUCACACGAUCACUCACCCAGAUUCACCGAUGCGGUCCACAAGAAGGCUCUAGAGAGACCGCCAGGCUUGUAGUCAUGCUAUCACCGGAUGUCAUCGACAAGCUCACCAGCGACCCAUCAUGCCGAGUUAUGGUCUUCUGUGCCGCAGAGCCCGUUGGCUCAUACACUAAUGGCCCAUCCGAUAUUGCCUUCCCCCAUAAUGUGGAGCUGAAAUGCAACGGGGAUGAUGUUAGGUCGAAUUUGCGGGGACUCAAAAAUCGGCCGGGAUCGACCAGGCCUGCAGAUAUCACGUCCCUGGUGAGGACUAAACCGGCCAAUUACCCCAAUGCGGUCGAGAUGGUCUACGCGUUGACUACGAAGGCAUUCUUCCUCGUGGUCAAUCUUGUGUCCAAAAAGUCGAUCGAUGCUUUGGUGGGCCAGAUAAGGCUCGGCCGAAUGAUCAGCAAAGAACAGGUCAUUCGAGAGAUGCGGCGCAAGGCCGAAGACCCGGACGAGAUCGUAGCGACCUCAACAGUUCUGUCACUAAAGGAUCCUGUCGGUUACACGCGUAUCACGACACCCUGCCGCGGAAUUGGCUGCAGCCACGUACAGUGUUUCGAUGCGGCCUAUUACCUACAGCUUCAGGAACAAGCGCCUACCUGGAUGUGUCCGAUUUGCAGCAAAGCUGCUCCAUGGGAAUCGUUGGCUCUAGACCAGUAUGUUAAUGACAUACUGAAUCUUACGCCGAGAGACGUUGAAGCAGUCACUCUUGAGCCCAACGGCUCGUGGCAUCUUCCGAGUCAAACCGAUAACGCUGGUGGGCGGACGUCAAAUCCCACGCCUUCAGACGACGAAGAUGAUGAUGAUCUUGUUGAGAUUGGCGAUGGCUCAGGUCAUCGCCCACAGAAACUCGAGACGCUGACACCGCACAGUGUCAGGACACCACCGUUAUCCUCUAGAGAAGAAUCCACAGCACCUUCAGCAUCAAGACCGUCAACAAACAGCAACAAGAGAUCGCGAGAUGUCAUUGACUUGACAUUGAGCGAUGACGAGGAUGGCAGACCGGCACCGAAAGCCCGGAGGACAGAGUCGGUCUCGUCAGACAGGGUUAUUUCUUCGUCAAGAGCACGGCCUUCUGCCUCAUCAGACCGGUAUCAUUUUAAUCUGCCUCCUCCACCAGGGCCACCUCCUUACAACCUUGACAGAUUCAACCCGGCGUUAUGA